AUGGACGUCAGAAAGGGAAGAAAGUGGGGCGCGAACAUAUUCGUGGUCGCAGAAGCGGCCGGCCCGUUCGGGGCUGUGAUUCCCGUUUUCGGCGUAGCCACGGUGGGGUCACUACCGGCCCGUUUGCGCGGCCCCCAGGCCCCAAGAGGCAGCGGUGACUGGACAGUUCAGAGAAUGCCUGGGUUUUUAUUGGGCACUCGGAUUCUGGUCUCCUUUCUGGACCAAUGGCAGCAGCGCAUUCGUGGCUUGAGCCGUGGCUGGAUGUACUCCAAGCCUGGGAAGGGAAUUUCUGGGUGGGAAUGGAAGGCUGCCCAGGAGCCCACGGCACCGCGACGGUGGACGACGGCCCUUCGGCGGUCGGCCGUGCGGUUCGGCCUUUGGGCGAUAGACGCGACUCCACUUUUAACCUCUUCAACCGGGCCAGGGUACCUUACCCAGCACCCCGGCAGCCAGGAUACUGCCUCUCUCAACUUCACUUCUCUUCUUACCAUCGUCAUCGUCAAAACCCUGGACAUGGGAAAAGAAGAGAUCAAUGCUCCUCCCCAUGCCACGCGCGCGCCGCCGGUACGCCACACACGGCGCAAAGACCUUCGAUCUGCGCAGUCCGAUGUUUCUCUUUGGGCCCUGACCUUACUCUGCAUUGCUUUCCCUUCUACCCAAACUUCUACGACCACCUGA